AUGGCUGUAACGAAAUUCCUGCUUAUUGCCAUUCAACUUAUAGGAGUACUCUCUACUCCGAUUGCUGAACCUAAUAUUACAGACAUAUCAGACAAUAAAUUUUUUGCACGCAGCUCCUCAACUGUCGAGGAAUAUCCAUACUCGAGUAACUGUGAUGCAAGCACAGGAUCUACAUUCACGUGGGAUGUAUCUCAUGGUGGAGGUCCGUGCUAUUCUUACAAUGGAAACACUGAUGUAUACUCCCUCAGGGUGGCUUGGAGUGACUAUAAUGUAUGCAAUGGUAAUACGGCUGUUAUUUAUAUGUUCCACAACGGUUUCUACUGCGGUGAUUUUGCACAAGCGACAAGGGUAUACGCGGGAUCUAAUGGAAACUUCUGUUCCUACUCAAAUCUCUUCUUCUCUGCUCACCAAGUGCACAAUGCCAUGUCUUAUGCCGCAAAGAUUAUGUGGCCCGGCCUGUUGCCCCAAAGUAACGUCGGAACGACGUGGUUCGCACAGGCGAUUAUUGAACCAGUACUGUUUAGCGCCUGCAUGGACGAUGCGGAAGUUCAUAUGCAGAGCCGCAAAUCGAUUUCCUUAGACAAGACGCUGUCUAUUUUAAUUGUCUGGGGUAUAUUCUCCGACGACUCAGUCACCAUAAGCUUAUUCGGCUGA